AUGGAUCUGUUGAAAGAUCAAUAUCCAAGCGACAACGAGACAGAAGAUUCAGAAAACGAGCCAGUUUUGCAACAUUUACCAGACCAAGUGUUGGACAAAUUUCACAUUUCGCCAAAUAUCGGAAAAUACACGCAAAACGAGAUGAAUAGCGUCGCUCGAUUGUCCGCGACGCGCGCUGCGAAAUGGACCAGUUUUGCGUUUAUAGAAAUGCGUCCCACGGUGCAGCAACGCCGAACUCUGGACGAGUUGACUCUCAAGCUGGCUACCAAACUACAACGACCGGGGCUCGAGUUCCAGCCAUUGCAUAUUAGCGAUCUGGGGUCUCCAUUGCCGCUGCACGUGUCACUGAGUGCGAACGUCGAAUUCAGCACCGCUGCCGAAGUGGACGCGUUCGCCCAGAUGUUGCAGAUCGAGGUUCUGCAGCGGAUCGCGGGCCCGUUUGACGUGGCGUUCGAACCGUGUCUGAAAAUGUACGAGAACGCCGAACGCGACGCGCUGUUCUUAGCGUUGGACCUCGAGCCGGAAUUGAAAAACGGCCCGCUUUUCCAGCUGUGGCAGGCCGUACGCGAGUCUCUAGACUUCUGCCGUCGCAGCGAGCAUGACCAAGAUGACUCUAAUGCCGUUUCCACACGAACUUGGGGCCACGAUCGUUCGCAUAUGUCGCUAGCUAAGAGUUUCUGUGCGAAGGCCUCGUAUUCCUCUACAAUAGUAGACGAACUCAACACGGUUCUUGCUGACACUCCCGUCGACCCUGCAAUUCUCGAUACACUCAAAUUCCAAUGUCGAGGCAUCAAGCUCACCAAGCAAAGAUCCAAUCUAUGGAUUCCAUUUUCCGUGCACUUCUAG